AUGCUCAUCAAACAUACAAGGCACAAGAAGAAGAAGGGCGUGUGCAGUGAAAGGAUCAUAUACCAGUACCACUACACCAGCUGGCCGGACCACGGCGUACCAGACCACCCGCUUCCGAUCCUCAGCUUCGUCAGAAAAUCGGCCGCUGCGAACGGCGCCGGCGCGGGACCCAUUCUGGUCCACUGCAGUGCCGGGGUCGGAAGGACGGGCACCUACAUCGUCCUCGACGCCAUGAUGCAGAUGAUGAAGCUCCGGGGCGCCAUCAACGUGUUCGGCUUCCUCAAGUACAUCCGCACGCAGCGCAACUUCCUGGUGCAGACUGAGGACCAGUACAUAUUCGUGCACGACGCGCUGUUAGAGGCCCUGGAGGCGGGCGAGACGGAUGUGCGAGCCACGCGGCUCACCGAGUACCUGCACCAG